UGUAUACGGAUAUCUCUACAACACCUAUUGGCGAGUAGGUCAUCCUCCUAUCAACAACCCUUGCACUAGAAAUAUAUUCUGCGUAAACUCUUACACAGACUGAACUUUGCUGGUCCUGUAUAUGUUAUCUGCCUCUAGAAUUAAUAAACAUUGGUCUGCGCGCAGAGAAGUCUAGACGCCAGGCGGGUAUGUAUAUAUAAGGACGAAAUCAGCUCAUUCACUGACCUAACACUACUCACUGAAGUCGCCAAGGGCCACUUGUACGUUCUGUCUAUUUGGAGUGAGCAGGAUUAUUUCUGAGGUAGGUUGUCUGUCGACAGCCAUGAACAUCUCCCUGGAUGGCAAGCGGGUGCUGAUCACUGGCGCCAGUCGCGGCCUCGGCCGGCAGCUGGCGCUGCGCGUGGUCGCCUGCGGAGGACACGUCAUCGGCCUGGCCCGCUCGCACGAACAGCUGGACUCGCUGAAGGCCGAGUGUCCCUCGGUGGAGACGGUGGUCUGCGACAUCAGCGACUGGGAACAGACCCGCGCCGCCGUCCAGGCGCUGGGCGACAUCGACUGUUUGGUCAACAACGCCGCCGUCGGUCCACACGGGCCGAUCCUUGACCUCACUAAGGAGGACAUCGACACCACCUUCAACGUUAACGUCAAGGCCAACCUCAACAUCAUCCAGGUGGUGGCGCGCGGUAUGAUUGCGCGUGGCGCGCGCGGCACGAUCCUCAACGUGUCCUCUCAGGCGGCGAUACGGCCUCUGCUAGAUCACACUGGCCUGUACGGCAGCUCGAAGGCGGCGCUUGACGCUCUGACCCGGGCUCUGGCGCGCGAGCUCGGGCCGCACGGGAUCAGGGUGAACAGCGUCAACCCGACGCUCUUCAAGACGGAAAUGACGCGUUUCACGUGGGAGGACCCCGUCAAGCUGGGUCAAAUCCAGGGAAAGCACCCCCUGGCCGUUGGUAGGCUCUGCGAGUGUGACGAUGUAGCCGACGCGAUUAUUUUCCUGAUCAGCGACAAGGCGGCAUACAUCAGCGGAGUGUCGCUGCUCGUGGAUGGUGCAGUCACAAUAUGCUAGCCGCACCUCAAACUCGAUUGAUGUGACGCUUGAAAUGUGAUUUUUCUCAUGAGAGAGCCGGAGGGACGAUUGGUCAAAUGAGUACCUAUCCGGGCUAUCUGUCACAUGUUGCGUGGAGUGUCGGUGAUACCUAAACAUGAAGUGUGACGUGUGUGCACUGUGCAGGCCGAGUGCAAACCUUCUAUACAAAUACACUCAUUACAUUGAACACAAAUGUAUCCAAACAACACACAGCAUAUGUUAACAACGAGUCGUAAGUGAGUUCAAUAAAGGAACAAAAAAAAACUGCUAGCCACCAGUGACCGGGGAAUGAUUGAAGGUUUAAUGUAAUCGGAAUCUGGUGUUGUUGUUCGGGCCGUCCGGACCGCUCAAGAAGUGUUUAUGUUUAACGGGGCCGGGUCCGUUAUCCCGCGCAUGCCUACAGGCCACCGUCUAAAUCGAUGUGAAUGGUUGGAUGGGCUUAUAAUAUAUUUUUUAUCAUCUGAAGGAA